UAAAAACCGUUCACAGUCGACAGUUGUGUUCAUGCUACGAGCAUCACUUUCACAGCCUUGAGUAAAUCGGCGGCGUCUGGCUGGUAGAUACAAAACAGAGGAGUGGGUGACGAAAGCAAAAGAUGUCUAUCCCAACCACAGACUCCACUCAUGGGAACGCUUCACAUCCAUUUCUGCUCACAACUCCUGCCACCAACUCCACCAGCGUAGACAACUCCACCCCAGGAAACUGGUCUUCCUCUGCGUUAGAAGAGAUUGCAGCAAAUGACAUCACCUCCACAGCGAACUACAUCUACAGUUGCUUCGCUGGCCUGGGCUUUUUUGCAGGCUGUUUCCUGCUGUACAGCUUCUUUCAGGCCUACAGGGGCCACAAACAGCUUGCGUGGCUCGACUGCCUCCUCCGGGUCUUCUGUGGCUUGCAGCUGUUGCUCCUACUUCUCUCUCUCCACAUCGUGGCGUACAGACCCGACUACUUCAGGAGCACAGCUCUGGGAUGUGCCGCGCUGUCCUUCACCAUCAACACAGUCUCUCUGUGCAGUAUGUUGAUCCUAGUACUGAUGGCAUAUGUCCUCACCUUUGAGCCACCAUCCCACACCCUGCUGAGGAAGCCUGGGGUCUGCACGGCGCUGGUGAUCCUGACUUCCACAUUAAUCUCUCUGCUGCUGGCCGGAAUUCGCGGACCGAGAGAUGGUCUGCAGACGGUGGCCGAAUGCAUUAUGGAUCCUGCCCAUGCCGGCGUUUCAUAUGCAGCUGCUAGGCUGUGCAUGGUUUUUCUGAUACCCUACAUACUCCAAGUAGGACUUCUGAUAACCGGCUGCAUCAAACAAUGGAAAUCCAAAGGGCGUUUCCUGUCAGGCUCUGAGGAGGGUCCUGUGUUUCUGGCAAUCACCGUAUUGAUGUUUUUGUGCCUGCUCUUCUACAGCGUGGCACUACUAAAAGGUGCUCAGAUUGUCAGGGAGAGGGAGCUGAGCCAUCGGGAGAAAGCCUAUUUGAGCGUGUCUGAGUGCGUGCUCUUCUCAGGGAGCAGCAUCAGCCUUUUGUUUGUGCUGUUCGUGCACAGGCCAUGUCGAGAGAGCCUCUACCGAGUGAUGAAGCAGCUGAGGGACUGUGUUCAAAGCCGGGGGACCGUUCAGCCCAACAGGAACAUCAUAACUCCCCACAUCGAAUUUACAGAAACUCUGCAGGACAUUGAGUCAUAAAAGUAAAACUACGGGAACAGAACUGACAUUGGACCGGUUCUAGAAGUAUCCCUUGAAUUUCUGUUAUGGACUUUAAAAUUUUUAAGUAGAUUUGCCAUUUUCAUUUUCUUCCGCUGUUAAUGGUAAAACUGUAUUAAAAUGCAUUUUUUUAAAUACAAAGUUUAUCCAAAAAAAAAAAAAAAAAAAAAAAUCCUCAUUAAUGUGCAAUAAGCUGUCAAUUGCUGUUAUGUUUCUAUAGAUGCUGGAAAUCUGCAGCUCGAUUAAAACAUUUCAAAUGUAACUUCUUUUCAGAGUGCGUGUUUGUGUGAUUCCAGCUCUUGGAAGCAGGCUUGCACAAAAACUCAUUAAGACAAAUGCUU